AUGCCCGCUCCCGAAGUCGCACCUGUCCAUACACACAACGAGACUGCCAAAACACUGGGGCAUGUUAACUUGAUGGUGGACACAUUGAUUGCAAAUGCUACGAUAGAUGAGCAAGUGCCUGUCAUUUCCGCUGCCACCUUGCGCGCGAUCACUCGAAAUCUCCUUGCAACUGGCACCCCCAGUCUUGCAGCUGCAUUUACAGCCGCAGCACGAUCGCGCCUCCGUCAGACCAGUGCUAGACGUAUAGCGACGACAAAUGGUUUAUUCACGACUAGUCACAAUGGUAUCCAUGCUAUUCCCACACAAGAGCUAGAUAAUGCCCUCGCCCGCGCUCGUUCUCUAUAUGGAGCUGGAAUGGGUUUCGCGAGUUUGGGCAUCCUUUCUUCUAUUGUAAAAGCAACUGUUGGCUUAAGAUGGGAAGAGGAUGGCGCAAUGGCCGAUGUUUUGGCAGUCAUCGAUGCGGAUAUCAGCCAAGCUAUGCAGAGUUGCAAAGAAGAACUGGAAGGUGGACGCGUGAGCGAUACGGCGGUUCCUCAGGAAGCGAUAGGCAAUCUAUGGUCGAAUAUCGGGGAAAGUGCCAGGGACGUCGAAAUUUGGGGGGGAGAAUUUCCUUUUGACAGAGCAUCUAACAGCAUCGAGUGCUGGAAGUUUUAGCAUACCUGUCUAGAGUUGUAAUUACAACUUGACUGAAUGUCUCGUUGUAAGGCGGACACCACGCUACUGCUCAGGGCAUUUAGUGUGUAACCAUUAGAAUUAUGAGGGUGGCAAACACUAAGAUUCUGAAGCCGGCUAUAAUUCACAACGGGAACCAAACUAGAUAGCGGGAUCAACG